GGACUACACAAGUGCUUGAAAUGCACAUCUCUGCAUAGCUGGAAAAGACCUGGCCCUGGAACGACUGUGCUCUGUCCCUUCAGCACACUCUAACCCUAAGGGAGGUGCUCAUGUCACUCUAGACGCACUGGCCAAUGAUGGCCUCCAGGUGGACCUGUCAGUCAGGAGAGGAGGAUGGUUCUUCCGGGUACAGUGCGGCCGGUUCAGCUCUGUGGCUUAGCAGGCUUGACUGGUUCCGAGAGAUGUGCCCUGAGCACUACUGCUGGGUGCUGUGAGGGGAACUCAGGCGAGCUCCGAAGCCGAGACAUGGAUACAGUGACCUAUGAAGAUGUGCAUGUGAACUUCACUCAGGAAGAGUGGGCUUUGCUGGAUCCUUCCCAGAAGAGUCUCUACAGAGAUGUGAUGCUGGAGACCUACAGGAACCUCACUGAUAUAAGCUACAAUUGGGAGGACCACAAUAUUGAAGAACAUUUUCAAAUCUGUAGAAGAUAUGGAAGGUAAUUUUCAUGUAUAAGCUGAUAUGAGUGUGCCUCUGAAGACACUUUAUUGUGUCCUAGAAGAUUGAGAGAAAAGCAACACUAUAAAAAAAUCAUGCUUUAAGUGUCUUCAUGAUUAUUACAUUCUCAAAGAACCAUGCACUUCAAUGUCAG